CCAUGGCCAUUCAUUAUGAUAUACUCGAUACCAUAACAAACUCAGUCUGUCAUGGGGCUUGAAAGCGUGUGUGUGAUCGCAUAUACCUUUCAGACGUCAUAAGAGAAAGGUUACACCCUGUUCCGUGUUUGGUUUUCAGUGUAUUCUUCCCGAAAAGUAUGUUAACCGGUUGGAGACUGACCGUUUCUAAACUAUUCAUAAUCCCUCAGCGGUAUGUCUUGGGAAUUAUGGGAUUUUUGGCGAUAGUCAACGCCUACACUAUGAGAGUGACUUUAAACAUUGCGAUAACGGAAAUGGUGAUUCCUGUGAAUGAAUCAAUUCAUCCAGAUCCUGAAGCUUGUGUCGUGGAAGAUGACAGCUCUAGUCAUAGUGAUAAGCCACUGCAUCCAGAACAUUUGUACCCAUGGGAUCGGGAGACCCAGGGAAUUAUACUGAGUUCUUUUUACUGGGGGUACCUGAUAACUCACCUUCCUGGCGGUAUCUUGGCGGAGAGAUUCGGUGGAAAAUAUACUCUUGGAUUAGGAAUACUAUCUACCGCAGUCUUCACCCUUAUAACCCCAACUGUGAUACAUCUCAGUGAUGGGAAAUGGCAGGUCUUAGUGGCUUUAAGAGUCAUAGAAGGCCUUGGAGAAGGUACCACAUAUCCUGCCAUAAAUACACUACUUGCCCAAUGGGUUCCACUUCAUGAACGCGCGAAAAUUGGUUCAUUGGUGUACGCUGGGGGUCAAAUCGGAACUGUACUGAGUAACUUAGUUAGUGGGGCUUUAAUUCAGGCAACGAACGAUUGGUCUUCAGUUUUCUACGUAUUUGGAGGUAUUGGAGUCUUAUGGUUCGUCCUUUUUACUUUGAUAUGCUAUUCCACGCCCGAAGAUCAUCCUUUUAUAAGUGACGAAGAAAAAAGCUACCUCAAGAAAGAACUCGAUAACGUUUCCAAAGAAAAACUACCAAUACCUUGGGUCGCCAUCCUGACAUCCAUACCUUUAUGGGCUCUGGUUUGUGCCCAAGUUGGCCACGAUUGGGGCUUUUACACUAUGGUAACAGAUCUUCCUACCUAUUUCAAAGAUGUGCUGAAAUCUAACAUUGGGGAAAACGGCGUUUGGUCAUCACUGCCAUACAUUGUCAUGUGGACUGUGUCCAUGGUCUCUGGUUAUCUCUGCGAUUGGCUCAUCAGGAAGAACUAUAUGACUGUGACUUUCUCCAGAAAAUUCUUCACCACGUUAGGUGAGUGCGUUCAUAUGGAGUGGAAAAAAUAUGACUUUUAUCGGAUUGCUCUUGCAGCUUCUGUUGGUCCUGCAAUCUUCCUGGUCCUCGCUUCUUACUCUGGAUGUGACAGAGUCCUAUCUGUAUCGAUGUUCACAAUAGGAAUGGGUUUCAUGGGAACCUUCUACUGUGGAAUGAAAGUGAAUGCGUUGGAUCUUUCUCCCAACUUUGCUGGGACUCUGAUGGCUAUCGUUAAUGGGGUUGGGGCCAUUACUGGAAUUAUAUCGCCAUACAUAGCUGGUUCCUUAACAGCAAAUCAUACUAAAGCUGAGUGGAGAAUUGUAUUCUGGAUAAGUUUCGCCAUUUUCAAUGUGACCAAUUUGAUCUACCUAUUUUUUGCCAGUGGUGAAGAACAGUGGUGGAACAAUCCAAAAAGAAACGCAGUAGACAACGCAGAAAAAGGAGAAAAUAGUAUUCCUAUGGAAUCUAAAAACGAGCAGAUUCAAUGAAUUUCACAAGUGUUGUAAAGCAGCGAUUAUUUAUUUAUACACGCGAGGUUUUAUCGUACAUCCCCAUAAUCAUCCCUCAUCAAAUCCAGUGUUUGUGAUAUGUUUUCAUCUAUUUAUAACUUUUAUAAGUUCAAAUUUCGACUAGUUUUGUUUCUCAUGACUUCAUAACUUUUGAAUAUUAAAUUUUUUUGUGUACUUCGGACUGAAAAUCUCAUAUUUGAGAUUGGAAAUCUAUAAAUCUGUACUCCUACAGUAUUGUCCAAUGUGAUCUUUUUCAAUCGAAAUAAGUAUGAAUGUAUUAGUUUAUUAUUUGUAUGUAAUUUAAUAAAAUGUAUAUUAGGAAUUAAAUAACGACAAUAACGUUAAA